AGGAGCGGACAGCAGCCCUGGAAAGAAGGGGGAGAGAGGGCGCCAGUGAGCUCGGCGCUACGCACACAACGCAAAAAGCUGCUGUUUGCGCCUAGGCGCCGUGCACUAUGACCGCAGGACUGUAUGGAUAUAACGUUCAGCGCGUAACCCCGAAGAGGAGCUGCCGGUAACCAGGCACAGAUGCGCAGGGGACCGGGGGCUGCUUUCUCUUUGCAUGGACCUAUUAACCCUUUGCCUGGCUCUGCCCCCCACCUGAUGCCCCCAGCCCAUGCCAGCAGAGCCGGGCUGCCUGGAUGGCAGGGUCAUGAAGUGUUUGACUUUCUUUCUUCUGCUUCCAGAGACCCUGAAGAAGUCCAGGAGGGCCGGCCGGGCUCCGGGCAAGCUGCAGGCAUGCUAUGAGAUAGUGCCCCUGGGCCUCCGGAGGAAGAUGGCUGCGGAGCUCUACCCUGCCCCUGCCAACAGCAACCUCGCCAACGUCAAGAAAACUGCCCUCCAGCUCCAGCAGGCCGCCCCGCCGCCCCCCCAGCUGCAGAACCUCAACAACAACAACAUCGAGAGCGCCAGCUGGCAGGCCUGCCACCCCACCCUGCGCGAGAGGAACGCUCUAAUGUUUAAUAACGAAUUAAUGGCGGACGUUCACUUUAUCGUGGGGCCUGCGGGGGCCUCGAAGAAAGUCCCCGCCCAUAAGUAUAUUUUGGCGGUGGGCAGCUCCGUGUUCUACGCCAUGUUUUACGGCGACCUGGCGGAGGUGAAAUCCGAAAUCCAUAUCCCAGACGUGGAGCCGGCAGCUUUUCUAAUCCUUUUAAAGUACUUGUACAGCGACGAAAUUGACCUGGAGGCCGACACGGUGCUCGCCACGCUGUACGCCGCCAAGAAGUACAUCGUGCCGGCGUUGGCCAAGGCGUGCGUCAACUUCCUGGAGACCAGCCUGGAGGCCAAGAACGCCUGCGUGCUGCUCUCCCAAAGCCGCCUCUUCGAGGAGCCCGAGCUGACGCUGCGCUGCUGGGAGGUCAUCGACGCGCAGGCCGAGCUGGCCCUCCGCUCCGAGGGCUUCUGCGAGAUAGACCUGGAGACCCUGGAGAUCAUCGUCACGCGGGAGACGCUCAACGCCAAGGAAGACGUGGUCUUCGAGGCCGUGCUGAGCUGGGCGGACGCCGAGUGCAGACGCCAAGGCCUGCCGGUCACCCCCGCCAACAAGAGGAACGUGUUGGGCAAAGCGCUGUACUUGGUGCGGAUCCCGACCAUGACGCUGGAGGAGUUUGCCGACGGGGCGGCCCAGUCGGACAUCUUAACCUUGGAGGAAACGCAUAACAUCUUCCUGUGGUACACGGCGGCCAAGAAGCCCCAGCUGGACUUCCCUUUGGUGAAGCGGAAGGGCCUCUCGCCGCAGAGAUGCCACCGCUUCCAGUCGUCGGCGUACCGCAGCAACCAGUGGCGGUACCGAGGCCGCUGCGACAGCAUCCAGUUCGCGGUGGACAAAAGGAUAUUCAUAGCCGGCUUGGGCCUCUACGGCUCCAGCUGCGGCAAAGCCGAGUACGCGGUAAAGAUAGAACUCAAGAGGCAGGGGGCCGUCCUGGCCCAGAACCUGACCAAGUUUGUCUCGGACGGUUCCAGCAACACGUUCUCGGUCUGGUUCGAGCACCCGGUGCAGGUGGAGCAGGACACUUUUUACACGGUGAGCGCCAUUCUGGACGGGAACGAGCUGAGUUACUUCGGGCAGGAGGGGAUGACGGAGGUCCAGUGCGGGAGAGUCACCUUCCAGUUCCAGUGUUCUUCGGACAGCACCAACGGGACCGGGGUACAAGGGGGGCAAAUUCCCGAGCUCAUCUUCUACGCAUGACGCGUUUCGCAUUAAAUCCGCCACUGCUAAGCACACUGACACUCCAUUAUUUUGUUUUUUGCCCCCCUCCCUGCGCGCCGGGUUAAGGCUGCCCCCCCGCUGGUUGGGCCGGCGACGCACUGGAAACAAAAAAAAAAAUAAAGGGGGCGAAGGGAAUCUCUUUUGCUUUUGGGUGGGAAUGUAAAGCGAGCCGUCGGACUCCAGCCGAAGGAACGCUUCAGAAAUUAAUCUUAUUUUAUUUAUUUAUAAGCUAUUUGAAUGAAAUAUUAAAACUGCGCCCCGCAGGGAGAUGUUUCCGAUAUCUGCACAUAAUGUGCGUUUAUUUUGUAUAUAGAUGAUAAUUUACAUGCAAAAAAAAGGUUAAAAACACGGCUUCGCUCCUCGCCGAGCAGCUAAUAAAAUGACGUAAAACAUC